GAAGUGGUGAAUAAGCAGUGAGGGGGCAGGGAGGUGGGAAGGGAAGUGUAUGUGGUAAUGUAUUUGGAAAUAAACGACUUUAAAACACAUAACGUGACCGUGGAGUACAACGGAUUACAGAUAUUUGGCCUGUGAUAAGAAAUGGCAAACAUUUCACAAGUGUUGCUGGACACUCUGCAGAACUUGGGGGGAAAGGACCUUAAGCUAUUUCAGUGGAAACUGACCAGUGGUGUGGAAGGUUUUAAGAGCAUCCCAAAGGCACUUCUGGAGGAUGCAGACAGACUGGACACUGUGGAUAAGAUGGUUGCAAGCUAUGACCUCAGUGGAGCUGUGGCAAUCACAUUGGACAUUUUGAAGAACUUGAACCAGAACCAACUGGCUGAGGAACUUCGGAUCAAUCUCAGAGAAAGUGGCGACAUAUGCGAAGAGGUAACCUUUAAGAGUCCAGCUGCUUCCUCCACUGCACCUCAGACUAAAUAUUUGAAUAGUGCUCUCACUGCAGAUGGAAAACAAUGUGAUAUCAGAAGGACAACAAAAACAAAAUUUAAAGCAAAAUUGGCAAAGUUGUAUGAAGGGACUUCAUUCGAAGGAGAUUUCAUGCCUUUGGAAUACAUUUACACAGACCUUUAUGUGACUGAAGGCUGCACAGGAUGGGUGAACACUGAGCACGAAGUGAGACAAGUAGAAGCGUUUUAUCCCAAAACAGAAGAAACCCCAAUCAAAUUCAGUGAUAUUUUCAAAGUGUCAUGUGACCAAAAAGUUUUUGGGAUGAAAGUACUGACAGUGGGAAUAGCUGGAGUGGGAAAAACGGUCUGUGUCCAAAAGUUUAUUCUUGACUGGGCUGAGGACAGCUGCAAUCAGGAUAUAGAUUUCAUACUGUUCCUUCCUUUUCGGGAGCUGAACCUAAUCAAAGAUGAACAAUGCAGCCUCUGGGACCUUCUGCUUUACUUCCAUGAUGAACUCUGUGGUGGGAAUGUAACAGAAAUAUUAAAUGGUAGAUGUAGGAUGGUUUUAAUAUUAGAUGGACUUGAUGAAAGUAGAAUUUCACUGAAUUUUAACCAAAAGAAAGUAUCUAAUGUUACACAGAAAACAACUCUUGAUAAACUAAUAACAAGCCUAAUCAAAGGAGAACUUCUUCCCUCUGCUAUCAUCUGGAUCACCUCACGACCUGCAGCAGCCAGUCAGAUCCCACGCAAGUACUUUGAUCAUGUAACAGAAAUACGUGGAUUCAAUGACCCACAGAAGGACGAGUAUAUCAGGAAGAGAAUCAGAGAUCAGCAUCAAGCCAGCAGAAUAAUCUCUCACAUUAAGACAGCACGGAGUCUUCAUAUUUUGUGCCACAUACCUGUCUUCUGUCGGAUUUCAGUCACUGUGCUUCAAAAGAUGUUGACGGAAGGCAAAGACAUGAAAAAUGCUCCCACUACUCUGACGGAAAUGUACACACGGUUUCUGCUAUUUCAAAUGAUGCAAAAGUCUGAGAAAUAUGAAGGACAGCAAAAAGAGAUUAAUACAGUUCAAACAAGAGACAAACAAACAGGGGCACUGAACAUACUGAAGCUUGGAAGGUUAGCCUUUCUUCAGUUACAGAAAGGAGAACUCCUAUUCUAUAAGAAUGAUCUGAAAGAAUGUGGCAUUGAUGUUGAUGAAGCUCUGGUGUACUCUGGAGUGUGUACACAAGUCUUUAAAAAGGAUGAGAGGAUCUUCAGCUUUGUACAUUUGAGUUUCCAGGAGUUUUUUGCAGCCAUAUUUGUGUUCCUCACAUUCAGUCAUGAGUUCAACCCUCUACUUCAGACCACACUGGAGAAAAUAACAUGGAAUUUAAAACACAGCCUGUGCGAUCUCCUCAAGACAGCAGUGAAUAAGGCCAUGAAGAGUAAAAAUGGACACCUGGAUCUUUUCCUUCGUUUCCUUUUUGGCCUCUCACUGGAGUCCAAUCAGAGACUCCUCAAGAGUCUACAGCUUGACUUGAAAAUCAAAGAAGAGAGUCUGAAGGACAUUGUAGAAUACAUUAAGAGAAAAAUCAGGAAAACAAAAUCCUAUGAAAAGAGCAUCAAUCUCUUCCACUGCCUAAACGAAGUGAAAGACAGUUCUCUGACAAGUGAGAUUCAGAAGUAUAUAAACUCAGGAGUUCUCACAAUACAGACACUAUCCUUUACCCAGUGGUCAGCUCUGGUGUUUGUGUUGCUGAUUUCAGAGGAGGCUCAAGAGAUGUUUGAGCUAAAGAAAUACAGGCCAUCAGAUGAAGGGCUGAGGCGACUAUUGCCAGUUGUGAAAAACACAAGGCGAGCUCUGCUGGACCAUUGUAACCUCAGCAAACACAGCAAUGAAACUCUGGCAUCGGUUUUCAGUUCAGAUUCAGCACUAAGAGAGUUGGACCUGAGUUAUAAUGACUUGCAGGAUUCAGGAGUGGAGCUGCUUUGUACUGGGCUGAAGAGUUCUUGCUGCAAACUGGAGAUACUGAGACUGGCUGGCUGUAAUCUUACCCUGAACUCCUGUGUAAGUCUCUGCUCCACUCUGAAAUCAGCCAAUACCUUGCUGAUAGAGCUGGACCUCAGUCACAAUGAUCUGCAGGAUUCAGGACUGGAGUUGCUCUCUGGUGGACUGAAGAGUUCCCACUGUAAACUGGAGAUACUCAGGUUGGACAACUGUAAUCUCAGUAAACACAGCUGUGAAACUCUGGCAUCAGUUUUCAGUACAAAUUCACUGCUGAGAGAACUGGACCUGAGUAACAAUCCCCUAUAUGAUUUAGGAGUGGAGUUGCUCUCUGCUGGACUGAUGAGUUCAGACUGUAAACUGGAGGUAUUGAGACUUUCAAUGUGUAAAAUUAGUAAACAGUCCUGUGAAACUCUUGCAUCAGCUUUACACUUAGCAAACUGCCCCCCAAAAGAAUUAGACCUUAGUAACAACAACCUGAAGGAUUCAGGUGUGAAGCAACUUCUUGCUGGACUGAAGACUUCACAGAGUUCACUUUGUUAUCUGGAGAAACUCAGAUUAGCUGGCUGUAAUCUUACCUCGAAUGCCUGUGAAAUGCUCUGCUCUGCUCUGAAAUCAACAAACUCUUACCUCAUGAUGCUUGACCUUAGCAACAAUGGUAUUCAAGAUUUAGGAGUGGACCUUCUCUCUGAAGGGCUGAAGAGUUCAACCUGUAAACUGCAGAUACUCAGAUUGUCUGGUUGUUCAAUCACAGAGGCAGGCAUUUCUUCUCUGGCAACAGCACUGAGUGCAAACCCUUCAAACCUGAAAGAACUGGAUAUAGCCUACAAUGACCCAUUAGACAAAGGAAUGAAGCUGCUGUCUGCCACAUUGGAGGAUCCACACUGCAAACUGGAGACACUCAGAUUAGCUGUCUGUAAUCUUACAAUGGGUUCUUGCAGAGCUCUUUCAUCAGCUCUACAAUCAGAAAACUCCUCCCUGCGAGAACUUGAUCUUAGUAACAAUGACUUGCAGGAUUCAGGGGUGAAGCUGCUCUCUGCUGGACUUAUGAGUACACACUGUAAACUGGAGACACUCUGUUUGUCUGGUUGUUUGGUUACAGAGGAAGGCUGUGCUUCUCUGGCUUCAGCUCUGAGUUCAAACCCUUCACACCUGAAAGAACUUGAUCUGACCUACAAUUACCCAGGAGACUCAGGAGUGAAGCUUCUUUCUUCUAAACUUGAGGAUCCACACUGCAAACUUGAGACACUUAGGCUGGAACAUGCAGGGACGAUGUGGAUCAAACUGGGACUAAGAAAAUAUGCCUUUAAGCUCACACUAGAUCCAAACACGGCACAUGCAGGUCUCUCUAUUUCUGAGGAGAACAGAAAGGUGGUGGUUGUGAGAGAGCACCAGUCAUAUCCAGAUCAUCCAGAGAGAUUUGAUUACUGUAAGCAGGUGCUGUGUAGAGAGAGUCUGACAGGACGCUGUUACUGGGAGGUUGAGUGGAGUAAAUGGACUGCUAUAGCAGUGACUUAUAAAGGAAUCAGUAGAAAAGGAAACACUGAUGACUGUCGAUUUGGAUUCAGUGAAAAGUCAUUGAGGCUGUUUUGCUCUCAUAUUGGUUACUCUGUCUGGCACAAUAAAAAGAGCAUUGCCAUACCUGUCCCUUCCUCCAGCUCCAACAGAGUAGGAGUGUAUCUGGAUUGGUCAGCUGGCACUCUGUCCUUCUACAAGGUUUCAUCUGACACAAGCACACUGACCCACUUACACACAUUCCAUUCCACAUUCACAGAACCCAUCUAUGCAGGAUUUGCUGUUUGGACUAAUGACUCCUCAGUGUGUUUGUGUCAGAUAGAAGAGCCUCCUCUGUCCUUGGGGAAAUCCUGAAUGUUUUUAUCUAAAUAAAAAGUGGCUAAUCUCUAGCCAUAAAUGUUCUCAGCAACAACAAGGAAAUACACUAUAUAGCCAAAAGAAUGUAGACACCAAAGCAUCACACCUAUAUGAGCAUCCCAUUCUACAACCCCUUUUCCAAAA